AUGCAGAGCCUGGAGUCACCCCGGCCUCGGGCAGCAGGCUUCUCCUCGGCAGCUCACGUGCACUGUCUCCUCAGCACAGGAACAGUGACCAGCGACACCCGUGCCUGCAGAGACUGCUUGGAGAAACUGAAGGAGGCUCGAGGGCUCAUUUCCCUUCUGCAAAGCCACCUGGGAAAGCUCCCUGACGACAGCGCUUCUCCCCUUCUGUGUCGGGACCUCCAGGGAGAUGAACACAAUCCAGCCCCUGCUGGGGGCCACCAGCAUCAUGGGGAGCCCAAGGAAGAUGCUUCUCCUGUCACCUCGUCCCCACUGCCUUCCCCGGCUCUGCUAACCCAGCACCCUCCUCCCCCGGACUCCCACCCAUCAGAAAGACCUCAACAAGUCCAGUCCGACAUGAAGAGCACCCCGGCAGGCCCUGCCCCAGACAGCGCCCCUCCAGGUAACUCCUGCUUGGCCUCUCUCGGCACGGCCACAAAGGGCUUGGACCGUGUAAGCGGCUCCAUUGCAUUCUUCUCCUGGUGGUGGCCGACCGCCAAGGCCUUGCUCCUGUUCACCUCACCACAUGGCAGAUGCCGGCAAGAGCCUCUUUCCCAGCACCCACCAGAGGCCUCGCCCUGGGGAGACGCCGCACGCGGGCAGGCAGAGGCUGGCGGCCCUCCUUUCAUCAACCCGGAUGUCCAGAGGCUGCUAGAAAUCCUCAUCUCCAGGAGAGCAGAGCUGAUGCUGAAAGCAGAAGAGAAGACGGGGUCCCUGCUGGGCCAGAUGCGCCCGGGCUCCCUCCUGAGUUCUCUGGGAGCUCUCUUGAGGUCACUGAGUCACAAGCAGCCCAGCACCACCCCACAGCUCUUCUGGAGACCAAGGCACAAAUGCACACAGCUGCAGGGGCCUCAGCGGCUCUCUGCCCCCCCGGUCUUUGGGGAUCACUUAGAGAAGAAAUGCAGCCAGCUCUUCUGGGGCCUCCCCUCUCUGCACAGCGAGUCACUAGUGGCCACGGCCUGGACCCCUAGAAGGUCCUCCCCUGCACUAGUUCCCUCGAUUCUGUUCAACAGGGGCUCUAGUUCCUCUCCAGUUCAGACUCAGGCCAGUCUACCUCUACAGCUUUCCCCGGCGAAGCCUUUGUCCCCUUAUCCUUUGGCUCAACCCCAACCUCUGGCUCAAAGCUUGCCCCUACCUCUGGGUCAGAUCCAGACCCAGGCCCCUCUCCCAUCCUCAUCUCCACCCCAGAGUGUGGUCUAUAAAACACCCUGCUCUCCCUCCCAGGAGAAGGCUCAGUCUUUCAACCCGACUGAGAGUCAGCAAAUGGAAUGGCCCUUGAAGAAGAGACUGAAACAGAGGAAGGCUUUACUUUCUUUUUUCAAAAACCCCCAGGAAGUUGCCAGCCAGUCCGUUCCCCACUUUCCUCGGGGCUUUCGGGGCUGUCAGACUGGUGGGACUGCCUCCACCUUGCCCGGGGAUUCCAUCAGCUCUGAUCUCCAGGAGCAGCCGGAGCCACAGAACCAAGUGAAGCUUCUCGCGGAUGAACAGGAUGGCCCCCCCUGCAAAUUCGAAGCGUCUCAGGAACAGACACAGCCUCAGGGCAAAUCCCCACAGGUCUGCCACUGCCAGGCAAUGGACACGCGUGGCUUCUCCCGGCCUUCCCCGCCCUCGGCACCUGCAGGUGACCCCGAAGUGCAGAAGACAGGAUUCACGUGUUCUAAGAGACCCUCGAGCAAGGGUGCAGUAAAGGGCAAACCAGCCGCAGCACAAAAGGAUCUAGGGAAAGAGGAGGAUGACCAAGAAUUCCUGCCCUGGGAUCCACAAAGAACCUCAGUGAAAGUCCUAGAGGAAGACGAAGAGGAGUCCAAGUGUAACCCCGUCAUCCCUCAGGAGUGUGACUGUGUAAAUUACAAACCCAAAAGCCCAGAUAAGAAGCAUCUCAAGAAAACCCUGAAUGUCCACUUGAACCGGACGUUAGGGCAGAUCAAAGAAGGCAGGAUCCCUGUGAGAGUGCGCCGGUCCUGGCUUGUUGCUGCCAGUCAUUCUUUGCCCAAGUCCAGCAUCCCUGUAAAACCUAGAAAACCAGUAGCCUCAAAGGGUCAGACCUCCGGUGUGAACACAUCCAGGAAGCUCUCCUUCCUCAAUCCCCUGACGCGAUUUUUGCUGGAAACACACUUGAAAGGUUUUGACGCAAGGUAUGGGUGGUGUCUACAGCAGAUGGCCCAUGAGAGCGCACAGGUCACUCCCAGUGCAAAUCAAGCUGCCUCUGCUCCACAGCCCACCUUCCCCAGCUCUGCCGCCAGUGGGACUGGGGGUAACAUAAGAGACGAUGUUGCCCAUCACCUGGAAAACCCUCCUGACAAAGGCCCAAGAGAGGAGAAGGCCAAACAGUCCUGUCACAUCAGGGACUGGCCUCUCCUCGACCCCUCAUCUGAAUAUAAGGACGUCCAGAGGGUCCCCACAGCGAGGCCACCUGCUGGCCCCUGUGGGUUCUCAGAGGCCAGACGGGAGACCAGGCUGCCUCCCACUGAGCCCAUCACUUACAGUCCCUUGGGCAGAAGCAGGACUGUCCAAAAAGCCGAGAGGGGCAGCCCAGAGUGGAGGCCGCGUGCAGAAACGGCCAGGAGUGAGCCCCAGCGUGAGAGACGGAGAGCGACCUUAUCGGACUUCUGCCACAGCCCGGAGGAGCAGAAGAUCAGUAGAGGAUUCCAGCCGAAAAGAGCCGAAGAGAUCAGACAGAGACUGCAGGCCAAAGGAAAGCCGCGUGCUUGGGAUGUCACCGUGGGAGCCAGUAUGACAACCACCGUGCAAGGCCUGGAUGUGAGUCUCAGUCCGCAGUCUCAGGGCACCAGCAGACAUCCUCAACCCUCGAGAACUUUGGUUGACGUCAGUGUAGGACAGCCAGGCCUGAGAGCACAGGACAGCCACGACCUGGAGGUCCAAGUGGAAGUAGACCCGGAGAAACGGCGCCCACAGCACAUUGCCAGCGUCCUCCAUCAAGACCGCAGCCCUGUACUGCUCCCCACCACAGACAUCUUGGCUUCUCAGGCCUCUUGGGUAGCUUCCCAGGGCUCGCCUAGUAGCACCACACCAGCUUCUCUGGGGCUUCGUGACCGCCUAUCAAAUGCCAGGAGCAACCAGGAGCAGCAGGAGGCCAGGACCCCAAAAGGGAAAGCCCCGUGGACGAGUGAGAGCAAGACGUACAGUCCCCCUGACAGGAGAGGGGCCUGCAAGAGGCCCAAACCUGAAGAACAGGAACAAAGGGCUCCAAAGAAAAGGGUCACUAUUGCCUGUGGGAUGAGCCGCCCUGCCUGGGACAGGGAGACGGAAGACAGCCUGGGGGACAAGUCCCCGCCACUCCUGCCAGAGAAGAGACAGACACCCCCAGAAAGCCACAUCAAACAGAGGACAAGGCCCUCUCAGCAGUGGUUCAGCCCCAGCCAAAAAGGCUCAGAGUGGGAAGAUCUCCUGGAGAAAGGCAGGCCUGCAUCGGCCAUGGCUUGGAGCCACGGAUCACGCCUUGAGAAAAUGAUCACGGAGAGGAGAGAUGCGGAGGCCCAGGCAGUCGUAACCGCUGUGGCAAAGAUCCUGAUAGACAAACUGGGGCUUCGGCGCCAACCUGCUCCCUCAGAGGUACAUGGGCCAAAAAAGGAACCCCAGGGCCUGCUGGGUAGGAGUUCUUGCCUUCACAGGGGUCCCUCUGGCCAAGAGAAAAAGAGAGUGGUGAUAGACCCGGCCUUUAUAAAACAAGCCACCCCCAGGGACCUCACCUGUUCCGUCAAGAGCAGGUGGAUCAGUGAGAGGGACACCAAUUGGGUCCCCCCGUCCAGGGAGCCAGUGAUGCCAGCCAGCCCCGGCCAGCAAGGGCUAAGGGUAACAAGUAUCUCAAGAUGGAACAUCCAUUGCCCCAGGAAGUACCUUCCUCAGAAACAUGUCUCAUUGGAUCAGACACACCAUGCCUCCAAAGGCCUGCAGGAGGCCCAGACCACGGCAGGCAGAGAGACACCCUUCCAGGAGGGAUCACGCGUGGGCAGGACGUGCACGGAGAGGAGAGAUGCCGAGGCCCAGGCGGUCAUAACGGUUGUGGGCAAGAUCAUGUUGGACCACCUGGGGCUUCCACGUGGACGCGGCAUCUCAGAGAUAGACUGGUACAUGGUGGAACGCCAGGCCCCGCUGCGGGAGCGUUCCUGCUACCGCAGGGGUCCUUCCUACACUCAGCAAAGCAGAGCGGGCACAGUCACAGCCUUUGGUCACCAGGCCACCCCUCAGGGCCUCAGCUGUCCUGUCAAGAGCAGGUGGCUCAGAGGCAGGGACAGCACCUGGGUCUCCCCACCCAGGGAGCCUGCGUGCCACUCAAGCCCAGGCCAGCACCGACCGGGGGUGACAGGUGACUCGGGUCGGCCUGUGCACUGCCCCAGGAACUGCCUUCUUCAAAGAGGUGCCUCCUCCCCUCACACACAGCAUGCUUCUCAAGCCUGUCCCAGUGGGAAAAGCUUUCUCUCGGAAAAACGCCAGUUUCUGCAGAGGAAACCCGCUCAGUCCUAUGUCCCCACAUCUUUUAUGUGA